AUGCUCAAGCUGGGACUGCCGUGGCUCACGAAGGUCGACCCAACCGUGCUAAGAUGGAACGCAGCAUCAGCAAGCGCGCCGCAGCCAAUCGGACGGAAAGAACCUCUCGUCCACGACGCUGAGAGUGGAGUUCAAUGGCGAGGUGAUACAUUUCAGGGUAAACCCCUGAUCAAGUUCCGCGAAGUCAAGAGCGCGUUCGCAGCGAAGCUAAACACCGAUCCUCGCGCUGUAGUCUUUCACAUGCCGGAAGGGCAGCAUAUCAACCUUGAUGAUACCGCGAAACAGCUCCAUCUCGAUGAAGACGACUUGAUAGAAGCAUCCGUUCACCAAAUCGGUGGCACCUGCGGUCCUCUAUAA